UUUCGUGGGUUACAGUUAUUAGUUAUUACUCUCACCCCCCUCUUGACUCUCUCUUCAUCCUUCCCCUCUUUCUCUCUACACGAACUAGCCUUCUUCUUCUUCUUCUUCUUCUUCUUAUGCUAAUUUCUAUGAAUGAACCAACGCCCUUGUUUGGAAUGAACGUGUACAAUGAAAGAUGGGAGCUGUGAAUUUCGUUCCAUUACUGAUCAUCAACUCAUCCCAAGUUUCUCAAGCUGAUCAUCAGUUUAAACGGAUAUGGGGAAGAAAGGAAAAGGAUGGUUUACAUCUGUGAAGAGAGUGUUCAAAUCAUCAUCUCCUAAGGAAUUACCAGUUGGGAAAAAGAAAGACAACGCAGAGAAAUGGCAACAUGAGGCUCCAGAAGUUGUGUCAUUAGAGCAUUUUCCUACUGGAAGUUCUCCUGAUGUUACAAAUGAUGAGAGCAACGUAUCAACUCCAGUAACUGAAGAUAGAAAUCAUGCCAUUGCUGUGGCAGUAGCGACUGCUGCCGCAGCAGAAGCUGCGGUUGCAGCUGCUCAAGCGGCGGCUAAAGUUGUUCGCUUAGCUGGUUAUGGACGACAAUCAAAGGAAGAAAGAGCUGCCAUCCUCAUACAAUCAUUCUAUAGGGGCUACCUUGCUCGGCGUGCCUUACGUGCAUUGAAGGGAUUGGUGAGGCUCCAAGCAUUAGUGAGAGGGCACAAUGUAAGAAAGCAAGCACAAAUGACAAUGAGAAGCAUGCAAGCUCUUGUUCGUGUGCAAGCAAGAGUAAGAGCAAGAAGACUUGAAUUAGCUCACGAGAAGCUUCAAAGGAAGACAGAGGAAGAAGAUGAACGAAGACUACCGGUGGACGAAGACUUUAUGAAUCCAAAGAAUCCAUUGAAGAGUUAUAAAUGGGAUAGGAGGAAUCAAAGUUCUGAUAAUUUCAAAGAAAAUGCUUCAAAGAAGCAUGAUGCUGUCAUGAAAAGAGAAAGAGCCCUUGCUUAUGCUUAUGCCUUCCAGCAGCAGCAACAAUUGCCCUCACAAAAUAGUCCUAAUGGUAAAGAAACAGGACAUUUUGUGAACGAACACGAGAAGGUGCAAUGGGGAUGGAAUUGGCUUGAGAGAUGGAUGUCAGCACAAUCAUAUAACGUGCGUCAAUCGGGUCCAAAUGAAGGGUCUUACGUGACAGUAAACACAACUACAACCACGACCACCACAGAGGACAUGUCCGAGAAGACAGUAGAGAUGGACACGGUGACCCCAACAGGCACUAGCAAUCCCAACAUGGGCAUGCUAGACACCAAUCCAUAUUCGAAUCGACCCCAAUGGCAAUCAAGUUCAAGCAAUGUACCUAGCUACAUGGCUCCGACCCAGUCCGCAAAGGCGAAAGUGCGUUCUCAAAGUUUGAUCAAGCAACGUGUCCCAGCUACACCUCUGUGGAAUCCAUCCAUUAAGAAAGAUGCAAGCAUUGUUGGUCCAGGUUGUGAUUCUUCCAGUUCAGGUGGUGGAACAACAACUUAUCAAGCUCCAAGAAGUCCUAGCCCCAAACAUAACGGGAUGCGCCUGCAUUCGAGAAGACAUGCUGGUGGAUAUAGCCCUAAUUUCAAUGGCGGUGAUGAUUGGAGGUUGCCUCCUCUUGAUGGUCAUGGAUGGAGGAAUGAUUUUGGUUGAUGAGUGGCACGAUUAUGAUAUGUUUAUACACUAUUUAUUGCUUCUUAUUGUUUCAUGUUUGCGAUGAUAAUGCUAUAAAACUCCAGCCCUUGAGGCUGUGGAAUGAUAUUGGUUUAAACUUUAAAUA